CAAUUUUAAACAGGACGGCUCACUAAAACUGGGAGGCGCCAAGUCUUAAAUGCUAGUUGCAAGUUUGGGUUUAAGUUUGAUGGUCUACCUAGAUCCGUAGGAACAAAGUAGAAUAUAUUCUCAAGGGAAUGCAUACAUUAGUAGUUUGUUCGUUCUUCUCAUAGCUGGAGACGAGAAAUCGCUUCAACAUUUUUGACGGGAACAGUCUGCUACUGUUUGUUAUCGAGUUUGCGGUUAUGGGGUUAUAAGAUAUCAGAAACACGAAAAGUUACAUAAAGUGGUAAUUAUCCACAAAAUUUCCAUCAGGUAGAUUUUUGUCCGAGCAUCGUAAAUAUUGGUGUAGUGGUUUGUGUGAUUUAAUCCAGAGUGUAUAUAGCGCUUUUUGGUGUGUCCAGGGGAUGUCUGUUUCGAUGCUGCAUAUAGUUUUGGCAUGUAACGCGUACAUUUUUUUCGAAACGAUUGUCAUUCGUGUUUAUGUGAAUCUUCUGUUACUGUCGAUUGAAAGCUACUGAAUACGGCAAUCCUCCUCGAUAUUAUCACUGGAAUUCCGGAAGUGAGGACUAGGGUGACGUCACUUUUCAGUUAGGUGAAAGGCCGAACACUAUUUGGUCUUCAUAUUCAUUCACUUCAGGCUGGAGCUCCUGGUUAUAUGGUUAAGCAAAACGUAACCGAAAGGAUAUUCUAAUAGCAAAUGCACACUAUAUUCCAUAUUAUUUUCAGGACAAAAUAAUACCGCCCCGAAGUUUAAAUUGUUCGUGCGUCAUGACAUUUAGACGAGUGAACUGUGAACUACCGUAAAACAGUAGUCAUUCAAUCUGUAGCUAUACUUGAUAGACAGUUCAUUCAAGGUUCUAUGUUGUCUAAAAUUGCAGAUUUUCUGGGUAAUGGAGAUUUUGUGCAAUUACUCUCAGAAUCCAGUGGUUGGUUCUUCGAAAAGCAGUCACACGGAGCAUGAACCAGUCUCAGUAUCAGCCAAAGUGCAAGAUACCACUGCUUCUCAGCGACGAAAUAUCAAUUGCACCAGUUCAAAUAUCUUCAGUAGUCUUCAAAAUGCCCAUCUUCCUGUGGUUCCCAAUCCAAAUGUCUUAUUUAAAAACGAACUAACAGAAAAUUAUUCCGACAAUUUGACGCCGCGCAUAUCACCAUAUCUUCUUGGGAUGCUCCAGUGUAGACCAGUUUCCUUACCUCUUACUCGGAACGUUGUGAAAGAGGGCUGGCUUAUGAAACGCGGAGAACAUAUUAAAAAUUGGCGACGUCGGUAUUUCAAAUUACGGGAGGAUGGGACAUUUUAUGGAUAUAAAAUUCAACCUAAAGAUGAUAUGGCGCAACCUUUAAAUAAUUUUACUGUUCGCGACUGUCAAAUUAUAUGUUUAAACAAGCCAAAACCAUACACAUUUCUUAUCCGUGGUUUACAAUGGACCAAUGUAGUGGAACGUUUAUUCUUUGUCGAGACGGAAGCAGAAAGAAAUUAUUGGCUUAGCGCUAUUCAAAGUGUCGCAAAUCGACUCAAAUCAUCGUUUGAGCAGCCAGUAUCCGUACAUAAUUUAAAUUUGGCUGAAAAUAUGAUCGUUGACAUUCCUCAGAGGCCUGUGAAACGUUACUCUGUAAAUGACUUCAGACUUUUAAAAGUUUUGGGGAAAGGUACUUUUGGGAAAGUGAUUUUGUGUCAAGAAAAUGAGACAGGUCAUUUUUACGCGAUGAAAAUACUAAAAAAAUCUGUACUUAUUGAAAAAGAAGAAGUUGUUCAUACAAUGACUGAAAAUCGUGUGCUACAACAAUGCAAACACCCAUUUAUGACAGAGUUACGUUAUUCAUUUACUACACCUAAUUAUUUAUGCUUUGUUAUGGAAUAUGUUAAUGGCGGUGAAUUAUUUUUUCAUCUACAACGUGAUCGUGUAUUCUCAGAAGAAAGAGCUAAAUUUUAUGGUGCAGAAAUUACUCUGGCUUUAGGUUAUUUACAUCACCAGAAUGUUGUUUAUAGGGAUCUUAAAUUGGAAAAUUUAUUGUUGGAUAAAGAUGGUCAUAUAAAAAUCGCUGAUUUUGGUCUUUGCAAAGAAGAUAUGUACUAUGGUGCAUCAACUAAAACAUUUUGUGGUACACCGGAAUAUUUAGCACCUGAAGUUCUGUUGGAUAACGAUUAUGGGCGUUCAGUUGAUUGGUGGGGCCUUGGUGUAGUAAUGUAUGAAAUGAUGUGUGGACGUUUACCAUUUUAUUCAAGUGAUCAUGAAGUCUUAUUUGAGUUAAUACUGCAAGAAAAUGUCUCCUUCCCAGCUCGUCUUUCACACCCAGCCCAAGAUAUCUUGUCUAGACUUUUAAUUAAAGAUCCAACAAGUCGACUAGGUGGUGGAAUACAAGAUGUUUUGGAGGUUAUGGCACAUUUGUUUUUUGCAUCAGUCGAUUGGGAUCGUUUAAUAAGAAAAGAUAUUCAACCACCAUGGAAACCAGAUGUGGUCGAUGAAAAAGACACAAAAUAUGUCCCAGAUGAAUUCAAGGAUACAUCAGUUGAUUUGACUCCUCCAAACGAUAAUGAAGAUAAUAUGAAUCGAAUUGUCGAUGGACCAUACUUUGAACAAUUCAGUUUUCAUGGAAGUCGACAAAGUUUAAAUAGUAGAGUCAGUGGUUAUAGUUUUGGUGACACAUUUUAAUAAUGUGUAUUUUACUAUUAGUUCAAUUGACUGCCUCCUACAUGAUUUAAUUUUCUAUGUACAAAAAAGAAAAAGAAAUGAAGAGAAUCUUAUUAUAACUCAUACUUUUCACAUAGAUGAAUAUCUGGAUAGAUAGAAAACAUUGUAAAACCUGGAAGUGCAUGUGUGUAUAUCAUCUAGUUCAAUGUUUCCGAUUAUGAAGUAUGUAUAGAUUUAUUUUCAUAUUCAUUCAUUUUCACUUGGUUUUGCUUAUUUUUUUCCUUUUCUUUUUUUUCGAAUACUUGAUAUUAUGAUAUAAAUUUCAUGUGAAUUAAAUAUGUUCGGUUUUAAUUGUUCUUAGAGAUAUGUAAUUUUUGUCUACUAUUAUUUUUCAUUGAAACUAUUAUUAUUUCAUUGCCUCAUUUAUUUUAUUAUUAUUAGUAGUAUCCCUUUGUGUGUUUGUAAGUGUGACAUUUACAAUUUUAGUCAGAUUAAAUCUCACUUGUUGGUGUUGUUGUCUUUAUUAUCUUCAUUAAUUUAAUUUACUAUUUUCACUAUCUAGUUAAUCUGUUUCCUUUUUAUCUUUACCAUUCCCCCUUACUUUCUCACAUCAUCAUUUCAGUGUUGUGUUGACGUGUACACAUACGUCUCCUCUUAUGGAUUCUCCCCCUUUUUUUAUACAUAUUUAUUGUUAUCUUGUCGUCGUAAUGAUUUAUGUUCAUUCUACUUCGUUUGGAUGUUUAUCUAUUCUGACACUAGGUUUUAUUUUAGUACCUACAAGGAAACUAAACCCUUAUUUCUAAGACGAAAAUUGUUCUACAUGCUCAUUUGAUGCAUGUAUAGCUGAUCACCCCGCCUAUUGUUCAGUAAACGAAUACCAGGAUCAAUAUAGACAGUAUUACAAUAUUUACUAUUUAAUUGUAUGAUUUUCAUUGAUAAAAUUCAAUAUAUAUAUAUAUAUAUAUAUA